UAAAAUGAGAAUACACAUUGUUCUAUCUUCAGUAAAAGGAUGAGAUAUAGCUUAUAUACAGAUAAGCAGAACACGGAUACAUUGGUUGUAAAUCUUAAUUAGUUUUUUAAUAAUAUAUCAUGCAAAUAAAGUGAUGAUGUUUAAAUGUCCUUUAAUUGAAUGUACAAUAUACAGAAAAAAGUUAUCUGUUACACAAUUUGAAGACUGUCGAGAUUGAUCUUUAAGAGAUGAAAUUAGAGCAGUUUUGUAAUUCUGUCGUUAUUAUAUUAUUUGAAUAAUGCAUUAAAAGCUACUGAUCGUAUGCGUGUGACAUGUGUUAAAUUGAACUAUCAGUUUUAAUACAGGGACAUUGAGUUGAAACCCAAUGGUAUCUUUUUAUCUUCCUCAUUGUAAAAUUAAGUAGAAAAACAAAAUGAAAGUUGUCAUCGGAAUAUGUUUUGUUUGUCUUGCCUAUCACGGAGUAAAUGCAAUAGAUUGUAGCAAUCCAACGACGGAAAAUGGAAUCACAUCGUUUGAAAAUACAACAUACGGGUCACUUGCAAACAUCUCUUGCGAUCAAGGAUAUACACUUAUAGACGAAAACAAUUUCACAAUUUACUGCCAGGAUGACGGGCAAUGGUCUUCUACUCCAGUUUGUGUACAAGGUUGUGACAAUCCGCCAAUAAGAAGUCAACUGAGCUAUGAUAGAAGGACCUACCUGUCAAAUAUAUCGAUAAUAUGUGUUGACGACGGGUAUAUUCUACAUGGUACUCCGUUUAUCAUAUGUCAAACAAAUGGGUCUUGGACAGAAAUGCCGCGGUGUUACCGAAUAGACUGUGGGAAUUUACCAGCUAUAACUAAUGGCAACUUGACCCUUGAUGAUGCUGCAAACACUACUGUCGGUAACACAGCAACAGUGUCUUGUACUGAUGGAUACACGGAAAAUACCGCCAGUAUUACAUGCUUAGAUACAGGACAAUGGGAAGUUGCUAACUGUACUUUGAUAGGUAAGAAUCAAUAA